AUGGUCUUCGGUAUAGGACUGCUGGUCAAUGCGAUCCUUAUAGCUAUACCAGUCGGGGGAAGUGUUGGAGCGCUUAUGGGCCUUGAUGCCCACCGAGCCGCUACGGGUCAGAAACCUCUAUUUACCGGGGACAAUGACGAUGGUAUCGAUACUGGUAAAGGCAAAGGCGGCGGCAGUACUGGCGGCGGCGGCAACGGUCACACUAUCACGAACAACGGUGUAGAGCAUACUAUGUACUGCGAUCGGUCUUGGGGAAUCACUCCACCGUCAAAAACUGAACAAUACACCCUGAAUCCCAAUCAAUGGGGUGUGACAUCGGAAUCGACAGGAAACGGGCUCUGCAUGAAUAUCACAACAUUAGUCAACCAGACUUACGCAGCUCAGACGGCUCCCGAGUUCUCCAUCACCUGGCAAUUUGACCCUGGCCCACAGGAUUCUCCUGUCCACGGAUACCCCAAUAUUCGCGUCGACGAUGUAUUGCCCAAGGAGAUGGACCAGAUCUCGGAGUUGAACCUUGACUUGCACUGGACAUACGGAGUGGGUGAUAAGACCGCCGCGUCAACGGAUACACAAGCAUUGAAACAGGAAAACCUUGCCACGAACGUCGCCAUUGAUAUGUUCUUGGACGCCGAUGCCGCCAAAGCCAAGAAUGGAACCGAGGCAAAAUUCGAGGUCAUGGUUUGGUUCUGGAUGUCAAGUGUGACGGCCCAGCCCCAUGGUUGGGGACGCCCAAUAACCACAAGGAUCUUGCAAGGAACAGAAUUCACUCUUUACACCGGUCAAAAUCAACAAAAACAGCAUGUUUUGUCCUGGGUCCCGGAAGGGGCCGUCGAGCGGUUUACUGGAGACAUUUAUCCUCUCAUCACAGAUCUGUACAACAUGGAAGGAGCUGACUACCCAGCUAAAGACGACUACCUUGGCAGUCUCAGUUUCGGAACAGAAGUCUACUCUGUGGACAAGAAUGUCACAUUCUGGGCCGAGAAGUACAAGAUCGACAUCAAGAGUUAA